AUGGAAACGGGCCCUCUAAUCCCCGCCUCUCAAGCAUCCCAUCUCCUCUCAUCAUUCACAACCUUUCUAACACUGACCCUACACACCCUCCUCUACCAUCGCGCUCUCUACCCCAAAACAACCUUUCUAACAGCCCGAGCCCUGAACCUCCCCGUCCAUCAAUCCCGUCACCCUGGCCUCUGCACGUGGAUAAACGACGCUGUAGCUUCAGUAGCGGCACAGCUACGCAAAGGAACUGUCCGUCGUAUUGCCAUUUCGAUGCAUGCUGCAAAGACCUUUGAUGUAUUGGAGAGAUGGGUCUUUGACGUUGAUCUGUUUCCUGCUGGGUGGGGCGAUAGAGAGGAAGCGACUUACAACCCUGCCUUGGUAGAGGGUGAUGAUGAUGGUGUGGUGAACUGGACCGACGUAAACGAGGCCCUGAGAGGUGCCCUGAGGAGAGUAGCACAGAAGGCUGAGAUGAUGCCUGAUUUACCUGAAGGGAGCACUUUUACUGUUGCCGUUGAGCUACGUGAUGAUGCAAAUGCACCUAUAGGUCAUCCUCAACAUUGGAUACCAUCCCAGCCAAAUCUUCAACCACCAAACGAUACCUCAUUAAAGCAAGGCUCUUCCCUUGGUGGUCAGAGUACAACCGCAAUUCGCUCUGUCCAAGCAGGCCCUUUAUUCUUUAACUGCUGGAUCGAACAAAGCGAACCCGUAGCCUCAUAA